AUGAAGGUCAAAGUUCACGUCAGCGCGCCUGAAACAUGGAUCACGGCACUACCCGAGAGCCUCAAGCAUGAGUUCUCGCUGGAGGAGCUGGAACAGAUGAAGCAACAGUUUUCAGAUUUUGAUACAAGUGGCGACGGUAGCAUCGCAGCCUCGGAGCUCAUCGUUCUAAUGGAAUCGAUGGGGAUCGCAACCACACUUGAAGAGGUGCAGGAGCUCAUUGACAAAGUUGAUGAGAAUCGGUCUGGUGAAUUGGAAUAUCCAGAGUUUGUUCGGCUUGUGAGCGAUAUUCGACGAGGAGACGGAGACAAGUUGGCAAUUUUUCUUCAAUACUCCAAGCACGUGAUGACUAUUCGCCGUGAGCUCAUCGACCUGAACGCUCACCCUACUCUCAACUCACAAGUUUUCGGUAUAAAAGAAAAUGCUUGGGAAUGGAAAGUACUCAUUCAAGGACCUUCAGACUCUCCGUACGCAGGUGGAGUCUUUAAUUUCAAUGUUAGAUUCGGGCACGAAUACCCGUUCGAACCACCAAUAUUCAGCUGUUCGACUCGUAUCUACCAUCCCAACUUCCUCCUGAAUGGCUCCAUGUCGCUCUACGGUUUGCUACGUCGCUGGGAUCCUGAGUGGCGUAUGCGACGUCUUCUCGAAGAAGUCGAGAAGAUACUCGCUACGCCGGAUGAAGAACUUAUUAACGAGUUUGAAGCUGAAACAGCGGAGAUGCUAGUGGGAGGUGGAGUCGACACUCGAUCUGCUAUCACUUCCAUCAUCGCUAGCGCCAAAUCCAAAGCUGCCCGACACCCACGGGUUAUCGCACUCGAGUGUAUCGCCAUAUACCGGAAUGACCUCAAUACUUUCAACCGCGAGGCCCGAAAACUCACUCUCCAAUGUGCAACUUCAUCAAUGUAGCCAUCAGCCUAGAAUGGCUACAGUUUAUGUAUCGAUGUUCUCUUAAGCCUUUAGAUGUAUUGUUCUUAUAUAGAGAUGUCGAUUGAUUGGGUCCACAAUUGGCGAAUC